UUUUCAUAAAAGAGCACGUGUAUUUGUUUGUAAUAUUCCACGGAGUUAUAUUGAAACAAAUGCUGGAAAAAUACCAGACUUCAGGAAUAUUAAGAACAUGAUCAAUAGGUUAUUGAUGAAAUGUUAUUUUUCAACUCAGAAUAUAGUGUAUACUCAAUCAUGAUUGUGUAUUGAUUUACUACACGUUCAAUUCAUAUUGCCUGCACAAUGAGCAUAACAACGGUUCUCUUUCUAGGUCAAAGAAUACUGAGGCGGUGGGAAACUCCAAUCACGUGAUAGAAGAACACCCAUACCAUUGGAUAGGGCUGCAUUGGCCUUCUUGUUUUGAAUCGUCACAAUGCAGAAAGCUACUUUCUACGAUAAUUCUGGAGUCUUUGGAAGCUACUCUUACGCCAAAUCCGAGUCGUAUAGUUAUGGCCCCAGUCACCAGCCCUACUCCACUUCUAACCUUGAGAGUGAUUAUCAGGGUCCAGUUUGUCCAAUACAAACCCCAACUGUACGGCCACCAACUCAUAAAGACAAUACCAUGAAUGGCAACAACACGAGAUCCAGUAGCAGCCAAGGAAACAGCCAACAGCCGAGUAUUGGUGAACAGCCGCAUGCACCUCCACUGUCGGCCUCUUCGCCUAACUCCAGCAACACUUCAUCUCAGAAGAAGAAAUCUCCCUCAAACAAUGAUUCUAAUACUGCCACCCCAGUCACUAACAAACAAAUAUUCCCAUGGAUGAAGGAGACGCGAUCGAACGCCAAACCGAAAAGCAACAGCAGCAACAACAACAAUUGCGCAACCGCAGAAGGUGAGUCCUGCGAUGAAAAAAGCCCACCUGGUCCAGCCUCCAAACGGGUCCGAACUGCUUACACCAGUGCACAACUUGUAGAACUUGAGAAGGAGUUCCAUUUCAACCGGUACCUGUGUCGUCCCCGAAGAGUGGAGAUGGCUAAUUUAUUGAAUCUCACUGAGCGCCAAAUAAAGAUCUGGUUUCAAAACAGAAGGAUGAAAUACAAAAAGGAUCAGAAGGCUAAGGGGAUAAUGCACUCUCCCAUCGGACACUCCCCGGACAGAAGCCCUCCAUUAAGUGGCCCAAAUCACAUCGGAUAUUCUGUCAAUAUAAACUGUAUCAGCUAUGACGCGCCGUCGCCCCCUUCAUUCUCCAAACCCCAGCAAAACAUGUACGGCUUGGCAGCUUACACGGCACCAUUAGGUGGCUGUAUACCGCAACAGAAAAGGUAUCCGGGCUCUGAAUACGAGCACCACAGCAUGCAAGGCAAUGGUGGCUUUGCCAACGCUAAUUUGCAAGGCAGUCCGGUGUACGUUGGGGGGAAUUUCGUUGAUUCCAUGCCAGCCUCGGGUCCCAUGUUCAACCUCGGCCAUCUCCCCCAUCCCUCAUCCGCCAGCGUGGACUACAGCUGUGCCGCUCAGAUUCCAGGCAACCACCACCAUGGACCCUGUGACCCCCAUCCCACAUAUACAGACCUCAGCUCUCACCACGCGUCUCAGGGAAGGAUUCAGGAAGCGCCUAAACUAACGCAUUUGUAAAAUGUGAGGAUUUUGUCUGUGUGCCCAAAUUCUGUUAGGCUCUUUUAUUAUCUCAGUAGUCUCAAGUCAUUUAUAUGAUUACACUAAAAGUGAGCCAUGUAUUACCCAGUGUU